AUGGCUGACGACGCUGCCAAGAAGAAGAGAACCUUCCGUAAAUUCUCCUUCCGUGGAGUUGAUCUUGACCAAUUGUUGGAUAUGGACAGGUAAAUUUUUGGCGUACAUACCUGAAUUUUAGAGUGGUUUGUCGAACCGACGAUUUGUUGUGAUGGGUAUUUCUUAUAAAAGUUCUUUGUAAAACUUCCACAACCUGCCCCCUCUUAGGAAGGACAUAUCAGCUUGCCCAAGCAAAUAUCUUUGUUUUUUUUUAAAUUGUCUUUGUUGCAGACCCACUUUUGCUAAGAUGCUGACUGCCCGUGCUCGCAGACGUUUGAACAGAGGUCUCCAAAAGAAGCACCGUGCUCUCCUCCAGAGGUUGAUCAAGGCCAAGAAGAACGCCAAGGAAUUGGAAAAGCCCGCAUGCAUCAAGACACAUCUCCGUAACAUGUUGAUCUUCCCCGAAAUGGUUGGAUGUGUUGUCGGAAUCCACAGUGGACGUGCUUAUAACCAGGUUGAGAUCAGAGCGGAGAUGAUCGGAUAUUAUUUGGGAGAAUUCUCCAUUACCUACAAGCCAGUCAAGCACGGUCGACCAGGUAUUGGUGCCACCCACUCUUCUCGUUUUAUCCCUCUGAAGUAA